GCACCUAUCGGCUUCCGUAAAAAGUAGUCCGUGAAUGGGUUCCUUAUUACAUCGUCUCUGAUUAACACCAUGAACCGAAAAAAAAAAAUGAAGUGUAUUUUCCAAGAAACGAAAACGAAUUCUAUUUUCAGAUAUGUAGUCUUGCAAAUCCUUGUUCUACUUUCAGUGGAGACAUUGAGAGCCAACUCUGAUUCCUGUCUUAUAUCAAGAGCCACAGUACAGAGAGCCAUAGACUGUCCAGUCACUGAGGAAGGAUGGAGCAAAGCUGCCGAAAGGAAAAACUGUUCAGCUUAUGCAGACCAGUGUAGUCAACCUGAAAAGCUUGAGUAUCAUUGUGUCAUUAAUCCGUUUGUUAAUGAAACAAUAGAAGUCUGUGCUUAUAGGAGGUUCAUUUUCUUGGGUCAUUGUACUGAAUACAGCUACAGUGCCAACAGAAUUCAGCAGAGUCGCAGUACAGAUUGUACUAAAUUCACAGACAGGCCAUGUCCUCAAGGAUAUCCAUCUACAGAGGCAUACAAGUACCCUGGUUGUUAUGAUCUGACAAAAGCGUCUUCAACAGAAAAUCCAAUAACUCUGCAGAGCUCUGAUCCUACCCUGUCAACUCAGGAUGUUGAGAAUAUUACGACUUUUGAAGGGUCAGCUAAUGAUGAUGGAAUCAACACCAUUGCUAUUGUUGUCCUAUUUGUCCUAAUUAUUAUGGUUAUAUGUAUGAUAACAUUUGUUGUAUUGAAAAGGAAGCGAAAUACAUCCACUGGAAAAGGACAUCACCAGAUGUUGAAGAUGAAUGAAGGGAACGGAGUACAAGAUUCAUAUCAUCAUGAUACUAUUUUGGCAGAAGAGGAAACUUUGGAUGGCAAGAAGAUACAGUGAGCUGAUGUAGAUGAAGCACCAGGAAGACGACUGUAGUAGAUUGGUGAACAUUCUCGGUGAUAAACUAGUAACCCUCAGCAUUGUUUAUGCUGAACACCGCAAUGGAGAUGAUAGAACCCAAAUAACUGCAAAGAAAAUAUAUUCAUCAAAAUUUUCAGAUGAGUCUUCAACACAAAUUAAGGAAUUCAUUUCAGAAGUUCAAUCCCUUGAAAAUUAUUUGAAAAGGCCAAAGAAAACAGAUCUUGUUUUCAUGCCUCCAUAAAUGUGGCAACAGGAUCAUGAAACAUCUUAUUAUGACUUAUUCAAAAUCUGAAUAAUGCAUGAAUGAAGUCUUGUUAUAAUUACUGCAGUCAAAGAGUCCCAAAAUGUUAAGAAAAGUUAUCACCAUAAAUUAUUUACUCUAAUUCUGAUUCAGAUUGCACGAGAUUCAUAUAUUACAAUAAAUGGUUUCCAGAGGAUAAUUCUAGUUUUCUCCAAGCUUUCAGUCUUCACGAAAACACUUUAAAAAACUUGCUGGCCAGUCGGACCAGUACAUUGUCUGAAUUUACUGGCCCACAGUGAAAUUUACUGCCCCCCAAAUUUUCAUAGUACAUGUUUAUCACAUACAUUAUGGAAUGCAUUGUAAAACUGUAAAAUUAAUUUACUGAAACUAUGCUUAUUACUCAUAUUUAGGGAUUCCCUUACACAGUUUCAGAGGGGCGCCCCGCCCUGCCGCCUUUUGCCGCCGCCCUCUGCCCUUUCCCAAAUUUGAACACAAAAAAAUCGCCGCUCUUUUGCCUUUGAAGACAACACAAAAAUUCCCUUUAUUGUACCCCAAUUACAAACGUCUCUUUCUUUUGUCAAUUUCGUUUUAUUUGCCGGAUGUGAUCAUAAUCAUGCAGUAUUUGACCAGGUAAAUUGAACAGAUCAUAAUUGAUCAUUUGAUUGGAAGCACGUGGUAACGGUAAACACCCGUAGAAACUGUCUAAGUAUGGAAUAAUUUUCAAAAAAAAGUUUAUACUUCUUCAAUCUUGCGAAAUUCGUUCGGUAUGAUUUUCGCUUAAAAAAUAUUAAAAUCUUAUUUCUAUUCCAGAUACGUUUACAAUAGAUUUAUAUGAGGAAAAUAGCUCUUUCCGAGGCUAAUUCUGACAUGCAUUCGUUUACUGAAAACUGGCACAAGAUUAAGUUCUGAAUAUGGCGAUAAGUUGUUCAAUUUGGAAAAAAAAAUUGGUGACCGUUUUCUUUUCAUCACUAUAUUAUGCAUUACCGUUUUGCUUUUAUGUUUAGAAUCGCACACUGGUGUUUUAAUCCUCACAAGUCAAGGUUUUGUGAUUACGUACCUCCCAAUCACAAUGCCUCUACCCCUUUUGAAAAACAAUGUAAAGACCUUGUGACGUACGGAGUUGAAUAAGUAUGUACACAUUUUCAGCAUUUCAUCAUUUCUAGCGAAGUUUUAGUUAUUGAAAACUUGAUUGAUUUUAGGUCAUUAUGAUUAUGUUGACCAUACUACUUUUUAGCAUAUAAUCAUUAGGUCACCUGAGUAAACUCGGGUGACCUAAGGCAAAUGGUUGUCCUUCAUCUGUCGUGCUUUCACAAUUGAACAUUUUUAACUUCUUCUUGAUAAUUACCAUUCCAGUUCUCUUGAAAUUUGAAGCAUCAUUGUGACAAGGGGGACAUAAAUUGUAAAUUUCAGGACUCUUGCACCCCCUUAGGCCUUAGGGGUGGGGCAAAAUUGACUAGUUAGCUCACCUGAACCGAAGAUUCAAGUGAGCUUUUCUGAUCGCUUUUCUCUGCCGUCUGUCUGUCUGUCCGUCUGUCUGUCUGUAAACUUUUCACAUUUUCGACUUCUUCUCCAGAACCACUGGGCCAAUUUCAACCAAACAUGGCCAAAAGCAUCCUUAGGUGAAGGGCUUUCAAUUUGUUCAAAUGAAGGGCCAUGUCCCUUUCAAAGGGGAGAUAAUCACAAAAAUGCAAAAAUAGGGUGGGGUCAUUUAAAAAUCUUCUUCUCAAGAACCACUGGGCCAGAAGAACUGAGAUUUACAUGAAAGCUUCCUGACAUAAUGCAGAUUCAAGUUUGAUCAAAUCAUGGGCCCCGGGGUUUGGAUGGGGCCACAAUAGGGGAUCAAAGUUUUACAUACAAAUAUAUAGGAAAAAUCUUUAAAAAUCUUCUUCUCAAGAACCACUGAGCUAGAAAAGCUGAUUUUUACAUGACAACUUUCUGACAUAGUGCAGAUUCAAGUUUGUUCAAAUCAUGGCCCCCGGGGGUAGGAUGGGGCCACAAUAGGGGAUCAAAGUUUUACAUACAAAUAUAUAGGGAAAAUCUUUAAAAAUCUUCUUCUUAAGAACCACUAAGCCAGAAAAGCUGAGAUUUACAAGAAAACUUUCUGACAUAGUGCAGAUUCAAGUUUGUUCAAAUCAUGGCCCCCGGGGGGGUAGGAUGGGGCCACAAGUGGGGGGGUUCAAAGUUUUACAUACAAAUAUAGGAAAAAGCUUUAAAAAUCUUCUUUUCAAGAACCAUUGGGCCAAAGAAGUUGACAUUUACAUGAAAGCUUUCUGACAUAGUGUAGAUUCACGUUUGCAAAGGGUAGUUUGGGCCAUAAUAGGGACUAAGGUUUUACAUGCAAAUAUAUAUGGAAAGUCUUCAGAUAUGGGCCAAGGUGACUCAGGUGAACGAUGUGACCCAUGGGCCUCUUGUUUUCAAAUAUCUUCUCUACAACCACACGUGUUAGAAAAAUUGUAAAAAUACAUAGUGAUGUAGAGCAGAAGGGGCAAAAUUUGGUAUAUAGUAUGUAUGUGUAAAAAAUUCAAAAGACAUCUUCUCUAAUUCUAUUGAAAGUAGAUGGUUAUUAAGAAUGAGCAGAUAACCCUGUAUCAAAAUUGUAAAUUUCAUGAUCCCAGGGGUAGAGGUUUUGGUAUUAACGUGGGGCCAAAAUGGCCAGUGAUUAAAUGUGUUAACAAUCAAACAUUUUUAGCUUCUUGAUAACUAUAAUGCCAUUUCUUUUGAGAUUUGUAUGAAGAUUGUUUUUUAAAAACAGGUGACUGAUAAGGUCUGUGGGCCUCUUGUAUAUUCCUGUGGUCAGAAUAGGUCCUCAGUACCCCUUGCUUGUCGUAAGAGGUGACUAAAUGGGACGGUCCUCCGGAUGAGACUACAAAAACCUUGGGCCUUUAUUAUAAAUAAAUGGUCCCGUGUCACAGCAGGUGUGGCACGAUAAAAAUCCCUCCCUGCUGAAAGGCCGUAGGUGUCGAGCAUAGGACUAAAUUUGCAGCCCAUCACAUCGGUA